GGGUGAUCCUGGACCGCCUGGCAACCCAGGACCGAAUGGAAUUAUAGGUCCUCCGGUAAGUAGUGUAAACGUAAAAACUAUCCAAACGAAAUAACAGCGUAAUCUGUAAAGGCCUGCAUUUCCACUCAGGAAAAUUUUCCGCAGAAAGCAAAUUUUGUAAAAUGUAAUUGACGACACAAAUUUUCCGUCGGAAAAAAAUUUUGAAGUUGAAAGUUUUCAACUUUUAAUAAUGAUAUUUUCGGAAAGUUUUAGUGUCCAUGGAACAUUUUCUUGAGUGGAAAUGGCCCUUAAUGACAACGACCUUUCUCAAUCUUUUGUAGGGCUACAUCGGUGAUGCGGCAUACUACAAUGGUAAGAGGGGGAAAGCAGGACACAAGGUGAUUAUUAGGAACAACUACGUAAUAUGUAAUAAAGGAGAAUUCGUAUUACCGGCGUAUAAAAUACAGAAAAGUGUGUUGAAAAACGAGGCACUGGUCCAGUUCCUUUCACGUACUUUAAGGUGUUUUAUUCGCCGGUAUUAACAGCUCGCAAGUUUUCAAGAGAAAUCCAAGGCGAUAGUUGAGUAAAUUAAUUUAUGGGCGUGUAUUACCGUGGUAUCAAUUAGACAACGAUACAGUGCCGGCUUCCUCUGUGUUUUGCGCAUGAAUUAUCAAAGAGUUUGAGAAAUAUUUAUGAAGGUUACUAACAAUAGACAAUUCCCAUUAUAGACUAAUUUUAAAAUUAGGCAAGGAGACUCAAAUAAAUCACCACAGCUAGAAAGAGCAUACUAAAAUUAGUAAAAUUACAAAGUUUGGUUGCGAGUUGUUGUAAAAUGAGGAAAAUAUAGCCUUGCAAAGUUCGCAAAUUUUGUAUACUUUUGUAUUGCCUGCGGAAAUUCCUACCACAUUCCUACCACAUUUAGGCCGAAAAUGGUCGCACGCAAUACAAAAGUAUACAAAAUUUGCGAACUUUGCAAGGCUAUAUUUUCCACAUUUUACAACAUUUCGCAACCAAAUUUUGUAAUUUUACUAAUUUUAGUAUGCUCUUUCUAGCUGUGGUGAUUUAUUUGCAUCUCCUUGCCUAGUUUUAAAAUUAGUCUAUAAUGGGAAUUGUCUAUUGAGUCGAAAUCAUUUAGUUAUUGAUAGAAUUAACAAGGAUAAUAAAUUAUUUAUAAAAACUUACGUCUUUAUUCUGGUGUAGGGAUGGGAGGGUGAACAAGGGUCGAAAGGAAUUGUGGGAAAGCCUGGAAGAAAGGUAGAAUUACUGAUCUAUAUAUAUACUAUGUUAUCUGACUGGAUGAGUAAUUAGUUGUGUGUAAAUGACCGAAGGUAUAUUGUGACAUAUGACAUUGUGACAACGGGUUAUUUAGUGUGUAGGAUUAUUAAUAGUCAAAAGAAUAUGUACUAUUUGAAAUACGAGUAGGAGUGUUUUAUCAAACACGAGUGUUUUGAAUAACUUAAUUUAAUUUAAAAUACAACUACAAAAUAAUACUAAUCAGGAUGAUUAUACAAUGCCACAUGCUUUAUCAGAUAUAAAGUCACUCCAUGUGACAUAUUAUGGCUGACAUGAUUUGCUACAAGGUUUAUGAAUUAUUGAUGAGUAUUUUAAUUUUUAAUAAUAUAUAAACACAAGACAAUAAGCCUGUGUGGCAAGUGUUUUCACAAAACUUCGAAUAUUCCUAAAACUUGAAGAAAUGUCUUGAUAACGUGUUUUCUUCGUUGCGUUGCUAACAUGGCAUUAAGAAAAUUUGAUUAUUCGCAUUUCAUCCGUUCUGUCUCACAAUUUCCAGGGGCAGCUCGGUCCGCAGGGGGAUAGAGGGGACAUGGGGACACCAGGCGGAGUUGUAAGUAUAUUGGAAAUAUUUUUGUGAACAUAUAAGAAUAUGGAGUUAUGAGUAAUGUAUGACGUCAUUUCAUAGGGCCCGCCUGGAAAGAAAGGCAUUGAAGGACAAAAAGGUUUUAUGGUAUGUUGUAUUCACGGGUAUGUUGUAUUCACGGGUAUGUUGUAUUCACGGACUGCGAGUGUUUUAAAUGGCUUAAAAACGACCCAUCUGAUGAUUUCAUUGGCUGAGUAAUUUUUAAAAUAACGUUGUCUAAGCCGAGAAAAUCAAAGCUAGAGUAUGUAAAUUAACAUGAUUUUUUUAUCACAUAUAAAACCAUCAUGAAUUAUUAAUGAGAUUUUUAAUGUUUGGAUAAAUACCGUUAUAAAGCAAGAAAACCGACAACAAUUAAUGCAGAAAUAUGUUUUUGCAGGGUCCAAUUGGAGAUAGGGGAAUCGAAGGCAUUCCUGGUUUAAGGGUAAUUUAUAGAAAUAUUUUUGUGGAUUCAUUGUGUUUGCAUCUUAUGAUGAUGUGACUGACUGUUUUCUCAACCAGGGUGAGCCUGGAGAGACUGGAUUUCGUGGUGCACCUGGACCAGACGGUAAUCCCGUGAGUAUGCCAGUACACUGUUUUUUUUUUCAGGGAUGGGAGUGAGGGGAGUGGGUGGUUAUCAAACUUUGGUCAUGGUUCAGGAUGUGAAGGGUGUGACUCUUGACCAAAUGUGUAAUCAUCUCUCAUUAUGUAUUGUCUCUAUCAUAUUUUUGAAUGCAUGGUCUUUCCAAAUCCGAUCAAAAAAUUAGCAAUCUCUCUUGCAACCCCUCAUUGGCAACGCUAGGGGUUUCCCUUGCACGCCCUCACCAGUAAAUCCAUUCCUGUUUUAUUGUAUUUAAUUGUGCACGGAUAUCUACCUAUUGUUGUAGGAUAUAAAAAUACAGUAGAGAAUGAUGCAGAUUUGAUGUUUUGAAAUUUAUGUUUUAGGGUCCUGACGGGCCAGUUGGUCGGAAAGGCAGGAAAGGCAACAGGGUAUUUGAAUUAAACUGUAGAUUAUAAAUUGUAAUGGACAAGCAUCAGCAUAUAAACCUCUAAUCGAUACAAAAGAAAUUCUGCAUGUUAAUUAUUCAAUUUUCUGCGUGUUAAUUAUUCAAUUUUCUGCGUGUUAAUUAUUCAAACUUCUUCUCAGGGAUUUCACGGAGAAAGAGGACAUCAUGGCUUGUUUGGUGCGCCUGGUAAACAGGUAUUUAAAACUUGAAAAGUUCGGUCGUUUCAACCGUCACCAUAAUGUUACAUUGUUAUAUUUUAAUUUACAGGGUGGCCUGGGUCCUCCCGGUGAUACUGGAAUACCUGGACCCCUUGUAAGUAACCUUUCUAAUCGAUGAAAUAUUGAUUGAGCUUACCAUACAAAAUAACGCUGGGCCAAAAUAAUAGCUUACCAAAAUAACGGCCGGCCAAAAAUGCCUCUUGACUGGUCACUUUUUUACCUCACCGGCCAUUUUGACCGGCCACAUUUUCAUGCUUUCCAAUGUGAUUGCUGACGUCUUGAAUUAAAAUAUGAAACUACGAUGUAUCGAAACAAGUUUCUAAUAGUUUGUUUCACUGUUAGUGUGCUAAAUCAAGUUGACCGGUUAUUUGGAGACCUAUCUCCCAUUAUUUUGAGCCCAGCCAUAUCUAUGGUUAUGUGGUCAAACCCAUGCAUAAGCAUGGAAACACAGUCUAUUUUUUCGGAUACUACAAAUGCCUUGUUACCGCUGUUCUGAUAACGAAAGAAUAAAUGAAGUAAACUGGGUUGAACGAGCACGAAUACACGUUAGCAUAUGAAGUAUGUGUUUAAUUUUGUGUUUGUUGGUUAUCCCUGAGAAUGUAUUGUAUAAUUCUAUAAUGAAAGUGAUCGGAUUGGUACCGUUCUAGGGCAGUCGUGGUCUUACUGGUGAAGAAGGAAACAUCGGCGUGAGAGGUAGAAAGGUGAGAACAGAAAGCUCUAUGUGAUUGAUCACUUGCAUGGUAAGGACGUGAUGAAGGCGUGGUGAACACGUGACAAAGGCGUGAUGAAGACGUGAUGAAGACGUGAUGAAGACGUGAUAAAGGCGUGGUACAUACUUAAGGUUCAAUCAAACGACGAACGUGAAUAUCUACCAACAUCGUUUCUUUCUUAGGGUCAUGGCGGUGAAGAAGGCAUCAGAGGUCUUAAAGCCGUGAAGGUAGUCAAAGCAUGUGCAGUAUUCUGAAUCUAGUUGAGAAAAAACGUUUGCUGUAAUGUCAGAUUUAUUUGAUUUGUUAGGGCAAGAAGGGUGUUGGAGGGUUAAAAGGAGAGAGAGGGGAAGCUGGAAGCAAGGUAUGUGAAGUUUUCAAAAAUGCACAAGUUUUAACAAAUUGACCUAAUGUUGAUCUUUGAAACUUUGUAUAGGGAAACACGGGAUUAUCGGGAAAGUCAGGGUCAAUGGGGGACCUCGGUAAAGAGGUGAGUCAUGCAUUGUGGAUAAACUUGAGGCGAUCAGGUUGAGCUGCAUCCUUUGUAAUUCAGCUUAGCUCUCGGCUGCAAGUAAGGAUAUUAAGCAAUCCUCACUUAUCCAUUUAGCUUACUAACAGUCGUGGUUAACAUCUUGGUUUUCUCGUAGGGUCUUAUGGGUGAUACAGGAGGACCAGGAGGGUUCGGUGAUGAUGGAGAGAAGGGUUUGCCGGGUGUACCUGGAUCACGUGGGGGUCGCGGAGGUCAAGGCCCGAAGGUAGAAGAAUAGAGUUUUAACCACAUCAGCACUUGUCCUGUAUUGUGAAAGAUCGUGCUAGAAUAGACGCUUUUGUACUGUAGUGUAUUGUUGUUUUGUCGGCGUAGUUUAAGCAUAGUUUGAGCUUUAACCAUCAAAGGUGAUGAAUGUAUGUAUUUGGUUUAGGGAAAGCAAGCCGAACGUGGGGAGAAAGGAACAGACGGACAUCGAGGCUCAUUUGUAUGUGCAGGUUUUUACACUAGUAUAAGCCAACACCAACAAAAGG